AUGCCGGCGCGCUGGGCGUCGUCGCAGCGGCCGCUGCUGGUGCGCACGGUGUGGGUGGACGGCGCGCGCCACGCCAUCCUCUCCGCGGACGACCCCGCCGCCCACGGGCCGCCCGCCGCGCGCUGCUGCCGCUCCGCCCCCGGGGGCGGCGCCGCCUCCUCGCCCGCGGUGGCGGCCAGGACGGUGGCGGCGGUGGCAGCAGGGGGGCGGCGCCUGCUGCGCGUCAGCUUCCUGCUAGGGCCCGAGCCGCCACAGGGACCCGCGCCGCCCCCGCUGCACCCCCACGGCGCCCGGGGCCACCCGCGCCGGCGCUGGCCCCCGGCGUCGAGCCGCCCCCGCUGCUGCGGCCGACCCUUCGCGGCGGCGGCGGCGAUCGAGAGUCCGGGGGCGGAGCAGCUGGCCGGCCAUCUGUCGGAGCGCGUGCUGCGCUGGCUGCACCUGGCGGGCCGCGACGCCCCCGCGCCGCCCUCGCCGCCCCUGCCGCCCCAACAGCCGCCGCCGCUGCCCGCGUCGCCCCGGCCGCUGAGGACACCGCGCCGCGUGGUCCGCACAGUCAGCCUGGAGGCGUCCCCGCCGUCGCCGCCACCUCCGCCUUCGCUUCCGUCUUCGCCGCUGCCUUCGCCGCCUCCGUCCCCGGAACCGGAGCAGAAGGCGGGCCAGUGCCGCCCCCAGCUGCACGUGUUCGUGCCCACGCUACCACGGGACUGCGACACCCUCAGCUGCCACAGUGACUCCUGA